GGCGUGGGUUAACAAAAGAACUCCCUGUUACUGUACUAUUCGGGUUCCUUCAGGCGAGCUUGGGCUCUUUGCGCUGCACCUCGUUAUGGCGCCUGUCAGGCUGGUCCAAGUCCUGACCCGGGAGGUUGUGGGUGCAGGCUGGAGGCGGGUGUGCUACCGCGGCAUUCAUCGGGGCAGCUCUUUGCUGUCAGACGCCCCACCUCCCAGGCCUGUUACCAACACCAGUUAUGUUCAUGGAACCAGCGAGCUGCCCCUCACCAGCAGGACCGUGCACCAGUGCCUACUGGAGACCACCCAUCGGACCCCCGACCAGGAGGCCGUCAUUUUCCCCACCAGCGACACACGCAAAACCUUCAGCCAGCUGAUCAAGGAUGUCGAUACACUUGCCGCCGGGCUAGUAGCUCUUGGCCUCAAGAGAGGAGAUCGCGUGGGAAUGUGGGGCCCCAACAGCUAUGAAUGGAUAUUAGUGCAGUUUGCCACGGCCCAGGCUGGCAUUAUCCUGGUCUCUGUGAACCCGGCCUAUCAGUCCAGAGAGCUGGAGUACGUCCUGAGGAAGGUUAGAUGUUCCGCACUUAUUUUCCCAUCACAGUUUAAAUCCCAGAAGUACUAUGAGCUGCUUUCAGAGGUUUGUCCAGAAUUGGAGACUUCACCAGCAGGAGGACUUCAGUGCAAGAAGCUUCCGGAUCUCCACACAGUUGUUGUCCUGGACAAGCGGCACCCCGGCACCUUUCUGUUCCAGGAUGUCAUGGAGGCAGGGAACCCGAGCUCAGUGCUGCAGCUGCAGGAUCUUCAGAAGCAAAUUACAUGUGACGACCCCAUCAACAUCCAGUUCACAUCUGGAACAACUGGAAGUCCCAAAGGGGCAACUCUUAGUCACCACAACAUUGUUAACAAUUCAAGCCUUGGGGGAAGGCGGAUGGGCUUCAACUGGAGGAAGGGCGUUAGAACAGCCAUCCCGGUGCCGCUGUAUCACUGCCUGGGCUCUGUGAUUGGGGGAAUGGUUAUGGCAGUUUAUGGUACCACCCUGGUCUUCCCGUCUCCAGGUUAUGAUCCUCGGGCUCUCCUUGAGGCUAUUUCCAAUGAGAAGUGCACUUGCAUGUAUGGAACCCCCACCAUGUACAUAGAUCUUUUGUCUCAACCUAACUUUGCGGCUCACAUCUCCACACUCACUACUGGAGUUAUUGCUGGAUCCAUUGCACCCCCAGAGGUCAUGAAAAAGAUUCUUACUGAGACAAACAUGAGGGAGAUUGUGAUAGGAUACGGAACUACAGAAAACAGCCCUGUCACAUUCAUGGGGUUCCCACAUGAUGACUUUACACGCAAGACGGAGACUGUUGGUCACGUUGUAUCCCACACUGAGGCAAAGGUGGUGGAUACUACUACAGGCCAGAUUGCCCCACUGAAUACCCCUGGUGAGCUGCUGAUCCGUGGCUACUGUGUGAUGUUGGGGUACUGGGGAGACCCUGAAAGGACUAAAGAAGUUAUAACCCCUGAAAACUGGUACAGAACUGGAGAUGUUGCCACGAUGGAUGAAUACGGUUACUGUCGCAUUGUUGGACGUUGCAAAGAUAUGAUCAUCCGAGGGGGCGAGAAUAUUUACCCUGCCGAGAUUGAAGACUUCUUGCAUACGCACCCCAGUGUUUUGGAGGCUCAGGUAAUUGGAGUGAAGGAUGAGCGAAUGGGGGAGGAGGUCUGCGCUUGUAUUCGCCUCUAUGAUGGCAAGACUGCGACUCCCGCCGAAAUCAAGGAAUAUUGUAAAGGAAAGAUUUCCCAUUUUAAGAUCCCACGUUACAUUGUGUUUGUGAAUGAGUAUCCGCUCACCGUUUCUGGAAAGAUCCAGAAAUACAAACUGAGAGAGAGAAUGGAAAAAGAGCUAAACCUGUGAUGCAGUAAUGACUUUCUUAGUGCCUCUCCUUGUUCUUCCUAAGCUUACGCUUCUCCUUGCACCUUCACCUCAUCUCACUCUGCGCCUCUGUAUUCAUCCUCCUUAACCUGCCUAUACGUCUCUUGGCUAAAGGUGGCCGUGCAACUUUUGGAUGCAUCUUUUCAAAACGGAAUUUCAUUGUUUGAAUUAUUUUGUAAGCCUUGUAUGUCAUUUUGUGCAUCAUUUACCUUUUGUGCAUAAGCUAAACACAAAACUGAAUGUACCCAAGGGCCCUCAUCUCUGCCGUCCCAGAUAAAGAGUUACGUCCCUAAUUCAUUGUGAUAUACAUCCGGGGAAACCCAUGUAUAUUCCAUUGUGCUGCCAUCCAUCAGUUUGUCCCACCCCUCAGGGGAGGUCUGCUCCAUCAAGCUCCUCCCUAAAUCUGGCACAAUACUGUCACUCUGCGCUGUAGAGAUCAUGCUUCGUUAUUGCUUUUAUAUUUUUUAAUAAAUGUUUUUAUGUGAAAUGCU